UUUCACAUCCACUUGUGUGUUGUGUUCGUGCACCAGGAGUACACCAUGGACAUGUUCUUCCGCCAGAUGUGGGUCGAUGAGCGGCUGAAAUUCGAAGGUCCAACUGAAAUCCUGCGGCUGAAUAACCGCAUGGUGGACAAGAUCUGGACGCCUGACACUUUCUUCAGAAACUCCAAGAAGUCUAUUUCGCAUAACAUGACCACACCCAACAAGCUGUUCCGCAUUAUGCAGAAUGGCACUGUCCUCUACACCAUGAGGCUGACAAUCAGUGCAGAGUGUCCAAUGAGACUAAUGGAUUUCCCGAUGGACGGCCACGCCUGUCCUCUCAGGUUUGGAAGCUAUGCGUACACCAGCAGUGAAAUUGUGUUCACGUGGAGGAAGGGGCCGAUAGCCUCCGUCGAGUGUCCCAAAGAGUCAAUGAGUCUUCUGCAGUACGAUCUCGUGGGACAGACUUUGUCCAGUGAGAUAGUAAAGUUAAACACAGGUCACUACUCUGUGCAGGUGGUCCAUUUCCACCUCCAGAGGAAGCUGGGAUACUACCUCAUACAGACCUACAUCCCUCUCAUAAUGGUCGUCGUGCUGUCACAAGUCUCUUUUUGGAUCAACAAAGAAUCUGUUCCUGCACGCACAGUUGCAGGUAUCACCACCGUGCUGACCAUGACCACCCUGAGCAUCAGCGCCAGGCAGUCUCUGCCCAAAGUAGCCUAUGCCACCGCCAUGGACUGGUUCAUCGCCGUCUGUUUUGCCUUUGUGGCGUCAGCUCUCGUUGAAUUUGCGGCGGUAAACUACUUCGCCACCUUGCAGGCCAACCGUCUGAAGAAGCAAAAAGCCAGACAGGACAAGCUUGAGGUGCUGGCCACCGGCAGCGAUGACGAUGACACGGUUUCACAGUCGGACAACAACCCUCGGGAAGGCCUGAAGAAGAGAAACCACUCGGUGUGCCGCAGUGAGCCUGGAGAAGCUCCCCCUGUGCCCAUUUUCCUCCAGCAGGGCUCAGCUUUUCCUCAAAUCCCACAGCUGGCCGGCACCAGCCCCAUUGACGCAUACGCUCGCAUCCUCUUCCCCGUGGCCUUCGGCCUCUUCAACCUGGCCUACUGGUACAUCUACCUGGCCAAAGACACCAUGGAGAGGGCCAGGGACGUGGAUGUUGAAAACUGAGAGGACCUGGUAAAGGGCACGUGCAGCCUGAGAGACCUUCAGCAUCCAGCCGGCCUCACCUCACCCUCCUCUCUCGUCUCUGCGAACAAGCUCUCAGCAUUCACUCUGCUCUCAUCUGACAGAGGAAAUGAAUCAGAAACUCAUUUAUUCUCCUGCUGCACAUCUAUUCAUUUCACAGGCUGUGACCACUGCCCACUUGUGUUCUGAUCAGUAACUGAAGAGCUGCCCUUCACCGGCCUCAAUCACUUUAAACACCCGCCACGUUCUCACACGACAAACUUCCCCGAGCCCGAGACAGAUCGCCACACACAUACAGUGUGUGCAUGACGCUCAGACGCACUCUUGCAGACACACAAACCAAGAAACACAUCAAAAAGAUGCGGAUGAUAUAAUCUAUGAUGGCUGUAACUGGUGGUGAUGCAACAGUGAACCAAUGCUUUCAGAAGCCUGCCCUCUACAGAAGCACGGCUCCCACUACAACAAGAUCAAAGACAAUUUAGAGGAGGCUCGCAUCCCUCCUCGCAGCUUGGAAAAAAAUGUACUCAAACCUGAGAAAAUGAAUUGUGGGAUUGUGUUUUUCCAGCCCACCUUUCUGCUCUGGCGCUCUGGUGCUCCCUCUGCAUUUUCAGAUGUACUGCAGGUCCUGUGGAAACAUUGCAGGGAAGAGUGGGAUAUGAUACCCAUGGGUGUUGAUGGCAUGCAUUUUCUAUUUUAGUGUGGUUGGUGCGUAGAUGUUUUGGGGAUGGGGAGGGGGGGCCAUGUUUGUGUAUGAAGUAUGUACCUGUAAGAGAUGAGGUGCUGUAUCCACUCAACAUGUCCAGGAACAUUAAAAAAAAAACAAAAAACCCAACAACAACAAAUAAAAAAAACCCAUCAGAACUUGCUGUUCACUUAAUCUCAACCCCACAGAACAUCCCAUUAUUUGACCUUGUCAGGAUAUAGACUAACUUAUCUCAUAAACAGAAAGAAUAAAAAAGCUUCUAAUGAA